UUUUCAUUGCAGGAGAAGAGGACAAAGAUACUCAGAGAGAAAAAGUAAAGGACCGAAGAAGGAGACUGGAGAGACCAGGAUCCUUCCAGCUGAACAAAGUCAUCCGCAAGCCGACUAGCCAGCCGGCUACAAUUGGAGUCAGAGUUCCAAAGACAUGGGCUUGUUAGAGUGCUGUGCAAGAUGUCUUGUAGGGGCCCCAUUUGCUUCUCUGGUGGCCACUGGAUUAUGUUUCUUUGGGGUGGCACUGUUCUGUGGCUGUGGACAUGAAGCACUCACUGGCACAGAAAAGCUAAUUGAGACCUAUUUCUCCAAAAACUACCAGGACUAUGAGUAUCUCAUCAAUGUGAUCCAUGCCUUCCAGUAUGUCAUCUAUGGAACUGCCUCUUUCUUCUUCCUUUAUGGGGCCCUCCUGCUGGCUGAGGGCUUCUACACCACCGGCGCAGUCAGGCAGAUCUUUGGCGACUACAAGACCACCAUCUGCGGCAAGGGCCUGAGCGCAACGGUAACAGGGGGCCAGAAGGGGAGGGGUUCCAGAGGCCAACAUCAAGCUCAUUCUUUGGAGCGGGUGUGUCAUUGUUUGGGAAAAUGGCUAGGACAUCCCGACAAGUUUGUGGGCAUCACCUAUGCCCUGACUGUUGUGUGGCUCCUGGUGUUUGCCUGCUCUGCUGUGCCUGUGUACAUUUACUUCAACACCUGGACCACCUGCCAGUCUAUUGCCUUCCCCAGCAAGACUUCUGCCAGUAUAGGCAGUCUCUGUGCUGAUGCCAGAAUGUAUGGUGUUCUCCCAUGGAAUGCUUUCCCUGGCAAGGUGUGUGGCUCCAAUCUUCUGUCCAUCUGCAAAACAGCUGAGUUCCAAAUGACCUUUCACCUGUUUAUUGCUGCAUUUGUGGGGGCUGCGGCCACACUGGUUUCCCUGCUUACCUUCAUGAUUGCUGCCACUUACAACUUUGCCGUCCUUAAACUCAUGGGCCGAGGCACCAAGUUCUGAUCUCCUGUAGAAAUUUCCCUUUCUCUAAUCGCGAGGCUCUAACCACACAGCCUACAGUGCUGCGUCUCCCAUGUUAACUCUGCCUUUGCCGCUGACUGGUCCUCUUCUUACUUGACGAGUGUAACAAGAAAGGAGAGUCUUGUGGUGAUUAAUGUCUUUUUGUGGACUCUCCCCUCUUAUGUACCUCUUUUAGUCAUUUUGCUUCACAGCUGGUUCCUGCUAGAGAUGGGAAAUGCUUCAGAUGGUGACUCCCCAACUGCAAGUCACAAAGGAAUGGAGGCUCUAAUUCAAUUUUCAAACAUCUCCUGAGGAUCAGGAAGUGUUUUCUCCUCAAAGAGCACUUCCAGUGAUGGAAACAAAGUGAAAAGAAAGAUGCUCAGGUAGAGAGAGGGGAUGUACCUGGUCCUCUCGACAUCUCAAAUAUAUUCUCCUUGAUGUACAAAGCAGAGAACCCACUCCUGUCUCCCUCUUACCACUGAAGAUAGAGGGGGAAAAAAGGGAAUGUUAACAAAACAACAAGAGCAUUUGCCCAAAUCUACCUAUUGCAGCUGGGAGAAGGGGGUCAAAGCAAGGAUCUUUCACCCAUAGAAAGAGAGCACUGACCCUGAUGGCGAUGGACUAUUUAAGCCCUAACUCAGCCAAUCUUACUUACAGCAUAAGGGAGCGUAGUGUCUGUGUAGACCAUGUGGGCCCCUGGCCUUACACCUUAUUAGAGAAGAGAAGCAGGGUAUUGUCAGCAUCUUCUCACUCCCUUCUCCUUGAUAACAGCUACCAUGACAACCCUUUGGUUUCCAAGGAGCUGAGAACAGAAAGAAACUAGCUCAUAAAAAAAAUAAAAAUAAUAAUUAAAAAAAAAAAGACUGGCCUAAGGAGCAGCAGUUGUUAGUGGCUAAUGGUGUAAACUGAGCCAGCCCUCUGGUAGACACAGGGUAGAUAACUCUUUGGAUAGUGUGUCUUCUUUCUGUUAAUUAGUUGUAUACUCUGGCCUCUGUCAUAUCUUCACAAUGGUGCUCUUUUCAUGGGGUAUUAUCCAUUCAGUCAUAGUAGAUGAUUUGAAGAUCUUGAUUUGUUUCAGAAUGCAUAGUUCACAUUUGCUAGUUCAUUUAUCACUUGUUUGGGGUUGUACCAGAAAGGUCUAGAGAAUGAUUCUUUGAUUAUGAUUCUUUAACAAAUGGACAUUGAACGUUAAACAUUGCAAUUAAUAUUGAAAAUUGGCUAGUUCCGUACAUCUACUGGAUUUUCUCCAAAUUAUUCCACUUUUUGCAGAAAUGGAUUGGUGAACUUGAGCCUCAAUUGGAAUAACCUAUUUGACUAUUCUUUUUAAGCUAGUGGGGGAUGAUUUGAUUUAGGAGGGUUAACUCGGUGUACUUAAGAGUCAGGUUUAACAUACAGGUUAUUCUCUCCUAGUAUAGAUCAUGUAAUAGAAUGUCCCAGCCAUCAGCUAUUCAGUUGGUAAGCUUCCAUGGAAACAGAAAGGUGGAAAGAGUUGGAAACCUGAAUAACUCCAAGGUUUCAGGCUUCUCUUUCUGUGUUUGUUAACUUUGAGUUAAAAAGGAAAGACUGAUUGGUCUUUAUGGAAAGAAAGAUUUUACAGAUAUGACUGUAAGUGGCUCUUUUGUUAUAAAAAGUUGUGUUUUUCUACCCCCCCCCCCCGAAGUGGUUUCAGCAAUGUUCAAGGAGAUGUAAGAUGUUUGCAAAAAGAUACUUAAUAUUUGUUUUCAGACCAGUAUACCAGAUAAGCUUCCAGGCUGCCUAGAGGGAGGAGACGGAAAAGGUUCUGUAAGAAACCAAUCAAGAUCAAGGAAAGUGAAGUAAUCCAUAUUCUGUGUUUUGUUUUGAUUUAAUAAUAUAACAAAUAACCAACCCUUCCCUGAAAUCCUCCCAUGCAUACAUACACACAUAUACACACACAAAGAAAGUUAACUGAAAGUGUUUCCUUCAUUUCUGAUACAGAAUUUCAAUUUUAACACACAUAAAGGAUAAACUUUUAGGAACUUAUCUUACAAAAAUGAAUUUUAUAAAAUUAAAGAAAAAUAAAAUUAAGAAUGUUCUCAAUCAAA